GACAAUUCCCCCCCCCCACUAACCCUCCCUUUUUAUGUGGGGCUGGAAGCCUCCAAUCAGAGCGCCUCCAGAUGCUUCCCAAACUAAUCCCAAGAAGAGUUAUAAAUCUCUCCCGGAGUUGUUCCUCGUCGCUCCUCUUCGGAUUCUGGGCUCCUGAGCUCAUGCAGAGUGUCGUCCCCUCCGGCAGGGACCGGACGGCCGCCCCGAAUCCCACCGUGGGGCUUCUCUCAGAAAUGGGGCAAGCGGUCUUUCCAUGUGCCAGGAAAUUUCUGGGCAUCCUGGCAUGGCUUUCCAUCUGGCAGACGCUGGCAGUGGACGAUGGGCGCUGGUGUGAGAGACUGGUCCAGGUGCGGGAAGAAGAUGUGGUGAGCGUGCGACGGGAAAACGUGGUGCCUUGCGUGGAGGUCUACCACUACACCAGGGCCGGUUGGCACCUCGACCGGGACAGGACCCGCCGAGACUCCGGGCCAGGGGGGACCCUGUGCUACAUUUACAAGAACGAGGACCCCGGGCCCGUCGCUUGGAACCGGACGGUGCGCGCAUGCUGUGACGGUUGGACAGGGCCCCACUGCAGCGAGGGAAUGGCGUCGGCGGGCUUCUGUUUCUCCACCGGGCAGUGCCAGGACGGGCCCAGGUUGCAAAACCUCUCGCUCUUCGGCAUGUCCGAAUGCUGCAGCCUCUCGUGGGGACGCAGUUGGCGAAAUGCCACUUCCGGGCUCUGCUUUACCUGCUCUAGGGAGCCCCUGAAAGGCGCUGUGCCUCUGCCGUCCCUCCUCCGGCCACCCACCUCCUCGGUGCUUCUGGCUCAACAGAGAUACCAUAAUCCCCCCUUCGCCACCUGUCUCACCUGGGACGGUUUGCAUUACCGCACCUUCGACGGGAAACAUUUCCGCUUCGGGGGGAACUGCACCUACGCCCUGGCCGCGGCUUCCGACGGCACCUGGGCCGUCUACGUCUCCUCCGGCAGCGGGGGCUGUGUGCCGGGCCAGUGCCGACGGGAUCUCCGCAUCCUUUUCGGACUUGACUUGGUAACGGUUCACGGCCGUAACGUCUCGCUGAACGGCGUCGUGGUGCCCGAGAGGGAGCCGCUCCUGCGAAAGGGGAUCAGCGUCUGGUGGCUGGGGGACUUCCUUUUUGUGGACAGCGGCCUGGGGGUCCGGGUCAAAUUUGACGGACGCAGCACGGUGCACGUCACUGUCGGGAUCGCCCUGCAAGGCGCCACCCAUGGGCUGUGCGGCGUCUACAACGACAACCCUGCAGAUGAUUUCCAGCGCGUGGGAGGGGACGUGGUCACGCUGGCGGCCAGCUUUGGCAACUCGUGGCGCAUUCCAGAGACCGGGUUGAGCCUGUGCAGAGACGCCGUGGAGGGGCCGCACCGCUGUGACGCUGUGCAGGACGGCGAUGUUCAGGAGGCCGCUGAGACUACUUGCCAAAAGUUACUCUCUCGUCCUUUCAGCCAGUGUCAUAUGCAGGUGGACCCCCACAGUUUCUACGACACAUGCAAGUAUCUGUUGUGCAGCCGAUGGGCAGGUCCCGUUGCCGCCUGCGAGACCUUUGCCAGCUACGCCCGCGAGUGCGCCCAGAGAGGGGUCUUCAUCAACUGGAGAAAGGCUGGUUUUUGUGAGAAGCCGUGUGGACCGGGACAACGCUACAUGGAUUGUGUGUCCUCCUGUCCGGCCAGCUGCGCAGCGGUGGGCACUGUGGCCGGAGACCUCUGCCGACAGGAAUGCGUGAGCGGCUGCGAAUGCGUCCCGGGACUCUAUCUGGAGGAGGGGUCUUGCGUCCCCCAAAGCCGGUGUCCCUGUUUUCACCACCGGCAGAAGUUCCGCUCGGGAGAGACCCUACAACAGCGUUGCAACCUGUGCACGUGCCGAGCGGGUCAGUGGGUCUGCUCUCAGGAUCGGUGCGCCGGGGAAUGCAUCCUCCACGGACACCUUCAUUACCUGACCUUCGACGGGAAGCGUUACUCCUUCCGUGGCGUCUGCCACUACGUCCUGGUGCAGGAUUUUACGAACGGGAAAAUCCAGAUCCAAGUGGAGAACGAGCCAUGCGGGAACCAGGGAGCAGUCAGCUGUCUCCGGGCUGUGACCAUCACUGUACAGAAGACCUCGGCCCGGCUGUCCUUCUCAGGGGCCGUCUCAGUGAAUGGCCAGGACGUCGCCCUCCCAUUCGGCAACGCUGACCUGACUGUCCGCCGUGCCUCCUCCGCCUUCCUGCUCCUCCAGGCCUUCGGGGCUCACCUGUUCUGGGGCUUGGAGUUCCCCGCCGCCUACAUCACUCUCCAGCCCAGCUUUGCCCACAAGGUCCGAGGCCUUUGUGGGACCUACAACUGGAACCAGCAGGACGAGUUUACCACCCCGGAGGGUGACGUGGAGCCUGGCGUGGCUGCUUUUGCCCACAAGUUCCAACUCCCCCAUGCCUGUCCCCCCACUGCGGACGUCCUCUUCGAUUCCUGCAGCACCUACACCCAACGGCGGCAAUACGCUGAGACAGCUUGUGCGGCUGUCCACAGCGCACCCUUCCAGCUCUGUCACAACCUAGUAGAGCGGGAACCCUUCUACCAGAUGUGUCUGGAGGACGUGUGCAGCUGUUCAGCUGAGGAUGACUGUCUUUGUGGUGCCCUGGCUGCCUAUGCCCACCAGUGUGCCAAGGAGGGAGCCCUCGUGGCCUGGAGGAACCAGAGCUUCUGCCCGGUGCAGUGCUCUGGGGGCCAGGUCUACCAAGAAUGCGCCACCCCCUGCGGAAGAACCUGCAGCGACCUUCCUGUGGAAAAAUUUGGUGUCUGCGAGGACCUCCACCCUGCCUGCGUGGCUGGAUGCAACUGCCCGGAAGGCCUGGUGCUGGACCACGAAGGGCAGUGCGUCCAGCCGGCCAUGUGUCCUUGCUUGCACCAGGAGAAGGCUCACCUGCCCGGCAGCAAAAUCCAGAGGAGUUGCAACAGCUGUGUUUGUGUGAACGGGGCCUGGAGUUGCACAGAGGAGACCUGUCCUGGUGCAGUCCUUUGUCCUGGAGAGCUUGUCUACUCCUUAAACGCCUGUCUCCUCACCUGCGAGAGUCUCCUGAGCAACCUCAGCUGCGACGGCGCCUCCGAUGGCUGCGUGUGCCCUCCUGGCACUGUCUUCCUGAACGAGCACUGCGUGUCCCCAGAGGAAUGCCCCUGUCACCACAACGGCCACCUCUACCAGCCCAACGAGACCAUCGCCAGGGACUGCAACACUUGCAUUUGCAGAAAGCAGCGCUGGGAAUGCAGCCACCACCACUGUGCAGCGACCUGCGUAGCUACUGGAGAUCCGCACUACAUCACCUUUGAUGGGCGGGUGUACACUUUCCUGGGGGACUGCGAGUACGUCCUGGUCCGCGAGAACAGCGGUGCCUUCACCGUCACUGCCGAGAACGUACCCUGUGGCACCAGUGGCACCACCUGCACUAAGUCCGUGGUAGUGCUGAUCGGCAGCAUGACCGUUCACCUGCUCCGAGGAAAGGACGUGACUGUGAAUGGCGUCUCGGUGCGGCCGCCCAAGACCUACAGUGGGAACGGGCUGACCUUGGAAAGAGCUGGACUCUUUCUGGCACUCCUCACACAGAUGGGCUUGACAGUGCUCUGGGACGGAGGCACUCGGGUCUACAUCAAACUGGAAGCCAAGUACCAAGGCCGAGUGGCAGGACUCUGCGGGAAUUUUGACGGCGAUGCGGAGAAUGACUUCUCCAGUCAACAAGGCAUUGUGGAGCCCACGGCUGACCUUUUCGGCAACUCCUGGCGCAUCAGCCUCCUGUGUCCUGAAGUCAACGCCGAGGACUUUGAACAUCCCUGCACAGUGAAUUCUCACCGUGCGACGUGGGCUCGGAAGCGCUGCGGGAUCCUCCUUCAGGAUCUCUUUGCCCGUUGCCGUGAGGAGCUGCCCUGCCAACAGUUCUACGAGUGGUGUGUUUUCGAUGCCUGCGGGUGUGACUCUGGAGGGGACUGUGAAUGCCUCUGUACGGCUAUUGCAACUUACGCCGAGGAAUGCAUCCAACAAGGAGUCUCCAUACGCUGGAGAAGCCAGGAACUGUGCCCUCUACAGUGUGACCACGGGAUGGAGUACGACCCCUGCGGCCCCGCCUGUCCGCCGACCUGCCAGAACUUCGGCCUGGAGCUCACCGAGCACUGCCCCAUGGAGACCGCCUCCUGUGUGGAGGGGUGCUUCUGUCCAGAAGGCAAAGUGUUGCAUGGCGGACGCUGCAUUGAUCCGUCAGAAUGCCCUUGCUUCUGGGAAGGCACCCUGUUCCCACUGGGAGCACUGGUGAUGCAAGAGUGCAGGAACUGCUCAUGUGAGGCAGGCCUAUGGCAAUGUUCCGCCCCACUGGAGACUUGCCGUGCCCCCUCCCGCUGCGCCGAAUCAGAAUUUGCUUGCCACAUGGGCGGGCGGUGCAUCCCGAAGGCCUGGAUUUGUGACAAUGAAGACGAUUGUCGGGAUGGUUCGGACGAAUUCUGCCCCUCGAGCUGCACUCCAGACCAGUACCGGUGUGCCGAUGGGCAGUGCAUCCCCUGGGGGUACCGCUGUGAUGGCACCGCAGACUGUGCCGACCGCUCGGAUGAAAAGGACUGCCCCUCACCCGGAUGCUCGCCGCAGGAGUUCCGGUGCGACAACGGACGCUGCAUCGCUCGCCAGGACCGCUGUGACGGGGAGCUGGAUUGUGGGUUUGCUGAUCCCUCAGACGAGGCAGAUUGUGGACCAGCCUGCAGCCUGAGCGAGUUCCGUUGUGCGGCCGGGCGCUGCUUGCCAUACCUGCACCGCUGCGACGGGCAUGACGACUGCGGCGAUUUUAGCGAUGAACGCGACUGCGACUGCCCUCCUGGGGAGUUCCAGUGCCCAAGUGGCCAGUGCCUUCCAAAACUUCUGGUUUGCAACGGCCAGCAGGACUGUCGCUCUGGCAUGGAUGAGGCUUUCUGCCUAGGUCCGGUAACGUGUGCUCCGGGCCAGCUAGCUUGUCCAAAUGCCACUUGCGUGAGCCAUACGCAGAUGUGUGACGGGGUACGCGACUGUGAGGAUGGUACCGAUGAGGACCCAUCUCGGUGUCCAGGGAUACAGGCCACCCCUCUUGUGCCCACCGUUCCGCCAGCUUUUCCUGGAACCCGUCAGCCUGUCAUCAACAGGACCCUGGGGCCACCCUGCGGGCGAUACGAGUUCCACUGCCACAGCGGAGAGUGCCAGCCGCGGGGCUGGGUGUGCGACAACGAAGCGGAUUGCCUGGACGGCAGCGACGAGCUUCACUGCAACCGCACGUGCGAACUGGACCAGUUCCCUUGCGCCCACGGGGCAGAGUGCAUCCACUACCAGCAGCUCUGCGAUGGCGUCCCACACUGCCAGGACCAGUCCGAUGAGAGCAUUGACACCUGCGGCUCCACGCAGAUCCCCCCUUGCCCCGGGUUCUUCAUCUGCAACGACCGGAUGUGCAUCAACGUAACACGGGUGUGUGACAGUUCGCCCGACUGCUCCCAGGGAGAAGACGAGCUCGCCUGCGAAAUCCCGGUGGCUCCACCAGGCAGGAGGAAUCAGACAGUUGGACCGUGUCCGGAAUAUUCCUGUGGUGAUGGCGCCUGUAUUGCCUUUAAACAGGUGUGCAAUGGUCUGGCCAACUGUGCGGAUGGCACGGAGGCUUCGGGUUGGCUGCCCUCUGAUGAGCGGGACUGCGGCCUCUGGACCCCCUGGGCAGCCUGGAGCAUGUGCAGCCGCUCGUGCGGCACGGGACUCCAGAUCCGCCGGAGGAGCUGCACACGGCGAGCGGACGACGUCCUCCGUCACUGCCUCGGAGAGGAGACCCAGGCCCAGCAGUGCUUCCUAGUGGCUUGUCCCGUUGAUGGCCAAUGGCGUGAAUGGGCCACAUGGUCCAACUGCACCGAGGACUGCCGCGGGGUGGUGGUGCGUCACCGCGAAUGUCUCCCAUCCCAGAACGGAGGCCGCCACUGCACCGAAGGCCCAGAUGGAUCCUCCGGUUCAAUAGAAAUCCAGUUGUGUCAACGUGAGGACUGUCUCAAUGCCUCCACUUGCCCGGGAGAGCUGGUGAGCCAGAAGUGCGCCCCGUGUCCCACCUCCUGCACCGAGCUCUCCAGCCGUACAAGAUGCCGGAAGGACAGGCCCUGCCGACCAGGUUGCUGGUGUCCGGAAGGCCUGGUCUUGAACAGCGAGCAGCAGUGUGUGCGUCCGCGAGAGUGCCCUUGCCAAGUGGCCGGUGUCCGCUAUUGGCCUGGCCAACUGGUCAAAGUCAACUGCCGGAUCUGCACUUGCCAGGAAGGACAGAUGAAACGUUGCCGGCAGAAUCCGGAGUGUACAGUGAACUGCGGCUGGUCAGCGUGGUCGCCGUGGGGCGAAUGUCUGGGUCCCUGUGGGGUGCAGAGUAUCCAGUGGUCCUUCCGUAGUCCCAACAACCCCACCAAACACGGCAACGGACGGCAGUGCCGGGGCAUUUACCGCAAGGCCCGGAGAUGCCAGACGGAGCCGUGUGAAGAGUGCGAACACCACGGCCGGACUCACGCCAUUGGUGACCGCUGGCGUUCCGGCCAGUGCCAAGUCUGCCAGUGUUUGCCUAAUCUCACCGUCCAAUGCUCCCAGUACUGUCCCUACAGCGCGGUGGGCUGCCCCGAGGGCCGGGUGCUGGUGAAGGGCCGAGCGGACGCCUGUUGUUACUGCACGGAAGGGGCGGAGAACCAGACAGCCAUCCCGAGUGCUCUGCCUCUGGGACCCCUGGGGACCUCCCGAGCCAGCUCCGCACCCUUCCCCACAGCUCCUCCACUCAGCACAUACCCCCUGCCUCCGCUCGGCGAUCUCUGCUAUGGCCCGCUGGGCAUCGCCUCGCUGCCGGAUGCCAGCUUCACCGCCUCUGCACAACAGCCGGAGAACCCGGCACAUGCCGCUCGGCUAGGCCGCCUGCUGCCCGGGGCUGAUUUGCAGGGUUGGGCCCCUCCGGCAGAAGUGUAUCCGGAGCUGCUCUCUCGGCCCCCCUUCCUGCAAGUGGAUUUGGGGGAGCCCAGGAACCUGACAGGAGUCGUGAUCCAAGGAGCAGGGACCUCAGAUGCCUAUGUGACCAGCUUCUUCCUCCAGUUCAGCCUGGAUGGUGCGAGAUGGCACAACUACCAAGAGGUCACCUCCAGGAGCACCAGGCCUGAGCCAAAGCUCUUCCAAGGAAACUCUGACGACUCGACCCCCGUGGCCCGGACCUUCCAGCGCAUGGUGCACACCCAAUACGUGCGCCUCUUGCCCCAUGACUUCCACAACGGCAUCUUCCUGCGCCUGGAGCUGUUGGGUUGCGGGAAAGUGUCCCCAGAGCAACCAGGGUGGCCUACGUCCCCUCCAGGAUGGAGGCCUUGCUGGGCCGGCGAGUUCGAAUGCCGGAAUGGACGCUGCGUGCCAGCCGGACCCCAUGGAGCCAUCUGCAAUGGAGUGGACGACUGCGGGGACUUCACGGACGAGCUGCGUUGUGGUGUAGCCCCCUCCCUGGAGCCCCCCACCCCAGAGGGCUGCCCAGCUCCCCAGUUCCCCUGCACCUUUUCCAACCUCUGCCUUGAAGCCAGCCAGAGGUGUGAUGGAGUGACUCACUGCCCAGAUGGCACUGAUGAGAUCGGCUGUAUGGCUGUGAGCAGUGUGCCACAGCCUGGCGUCCUCAGCCCAUGGACUUCAGAAAAACAUUGGCAGGUCUCUGUGGCCCCGCCCACUGCGGUGUCCCCAGGUGGAAGGCCAUUGCCUGAGGCCCACAGUCCCACUCCACCAGGUUCUUGCAAUGAGCCGCUCGGCCUGGAGGAUGGGCGUGUCCACUACCAGCAGUUGACAGCUUCCUCCCACCAGGAAGGACAUCCCCCGGAUGCCGGACGGCUGAACAGGGUGCCCAAUGUAUGGAACACAGAGCCAGGAUGGAGCCCACUCCAGUCUGACCCCAAUCCCUACUUCCAGGUGGACCUUCUCCAGCCCUUCUUCAUCACAGCGGUGGCCACUCAGGGUGGAGGCAGCUCUGGGGGAUUCGUUAUACGUUAUCGCCUGCUUUAUAGCAACGAUGGGGUCCAUUUUUGGAACUACACCAAGCCUGGAUAUGGCCCAACCACGUCCCUGCAGGCUCAGGUUCUGGAGGGGAAUUCUGACAGCAGCACCCCGAGACGGCAGGAGCUCAGCCCGACUCUCCUUGCCCGUUUCCUGCGUUUCGUGCCCGUGGAGUAUCACCAAAGCAUUUCCUUGCGCUUGGAGGUGUUUGGCUGCUCCUGGAAGACGGAGCGCGCUGCGGGCCGGUUGACUGCUGCCAGCCACAGCCCCGCCCCAGGAAUAAUCCGUACGAGACCCACCGCCGCUUCCUCACCUCCAGAGAAGCCCCUUGGCACUCCUGCCUGGUUGCCACCUUUCACCAAACCAGAGACUGCGGCAGUUUCCCGGAGCAGCGCAGCGGGGCUGACCCUUUCUCGGCAGUUCCAGAAAACCACCAUGCCAGCUGCCUUGUCCACGGCAAUGCCCGGCAUUCGCUGGCCCACUUCUCAGCCGCCGGCAACUCCCAGAUCGAGCAGUGCUUCAGGAGUGCCCACAUGGCACGUUCUUCCGCACAUCCCUGGAACCCCUGGAUGGAGGCCCACCUUAUCAGUGCCGACUCUCUUGCCCUCUGCUGGGAUGGCCCGGGUCCUUUGCACGCAAGGACAGUUUGCCUGCGAGACCUUUGGCUGCGUGGAGGCUGCUUCUGUCUGUGACGGGCAGCCAGAUUGCGCCGACGGCUCGGACGAGGCCCACUGCGGCGGUCCCACGGCCCCAACGGUCCACACCUUGGGCCCCCAGAUCCCAGUAGAGGGCCCCGGUGCCUGCUCCUCCAAGCAGUUCUCCUGCCAGAGUGGGGAGUGCCUGAGCUCUGAACGCCGCUGCGACCUGCGCCACGAUUGCCAGGAUGGCUCUGACGAAGCUAACUGCGUGGACUGCAUCCUGUCUCCCUGGAGCCCCUGGAGUGAAUGCAGCCGGUCCUGUGGGCUAGGGGUGACCUUCCGGAGACGCGACCUGCUCCGCAAUGCUCUCCCGGGGGGACGUUGCGACCGGGAUGAAUUUGACAGCCGCUCCUGCUUCCUCGGAGCCUGUCCAGUGAACGGAGUCUGGGCCUCCUGGGGCGAAUGGUCGGACUGUGACGCUGAGUGCCGGGGCGGUGUCAGGAGUCGCACCCGGACCUGCGCUGACCCCCCACCCAAGAAUGGUGGACAGCUAUGUCCCGGAGACGCUGUCCAGAUGGAGACGUGCAACCAACAGCCCUGCGGAGAUGCCCGGGACUGCGGCCCGGACAUGGUCUUUGUACAAGCCGGGCAUUGUGCCCGCGGCCUGGUGGACCCUUGCCCACAGACUUGCCGCCAGUUGAGUGUCCAGAGGUCCUGCCAAAGCAGCUGCGUGGAGGGGUGCCGCUGUCCCCCUGGACUCUUCCUGCAGGAGGGGGGCUGCGUGAAUGUGAGCCAGUGCCACUGCUUCUUCGACCACGACCACCGUCGGCCGGGAGAGAUCUUCCUGCGGGAUAACUGUAGUCAGUGCGUCUGUCUGGAUGGCACAGUGACCUGUGACUCGGUGGCCUGUCCUGUGAAGUGUGGCUGGUCAGCUUGGUCUCCGUGGACUCCCUGCAGCCGGAGUUGUGGAAUUGGGAUGCAGCAAAGAUUCCGAUCCCCCUCCAACCCGGCGGCGGCCAACGGGGGUGCCCCAUGCCAAGGAGAUGCCCAGGAGGUACGUGAGUGCCACACAAUCUGCACCACAGAAAUGGCCGUGCUCUGGAGCGACUGGACUCCCUGGUCUCCCUGUUCCAAGACCUGCUUCUAUGCCCCGGAUCUGGUUGGCACGCGAAAACGAUUCCGGCAUUGCAACGGUACCGCACAGGCCGUGGGGUGUGAUGGAGAGACCGUGCAGGAAGAGGAGUGUGACACACCUCUCUGCCUGGUGGAGGGGAUCUGGACUCCUUGGUCGGCCUGGUCUCCCUGCUCGGCGCUCUGCGACUCCGGGGUGCAAACUCGCGACCGGACCUGCUCCAAACCUUCCUAUGGGGCUCCGGGAUGCUCGGGCCCACUGAUCCAGACCCGGGAUUGCAACACACAGCCCUGCAGAGCGCAGUGCCCAGCCAACAUGGUCUACCUGACGGUGGAGGAAUGCCGUCGGAAAGGUGGCGCUUGCCCCCGGCUCUGUCUGGACCAGGACACCCAGGUGGAGUGCACCUCCCCUUGCCGGGACGGCUGCCAUUGCCCCGAGGGUCUCUUCCUCCAGAACGGAACCUGCGUGCCGCUCAGCCGGUGCCCGUGUUACUACCAAGGGGAGAGUUACCCGCAGGGCACCACCGUCCGCCGAGACUCUUGCAACAACUGCACCUGCCAGGAGGGGGCGAUGGUAUGCGGCACAGAACCUUGUCCAGGCAACUGUAGCUGGACCUCUUGGUCCGUUUGGAGCUCCUGCAGCCGGACUUGCAAUGUGGGAACCCGUCGGCGGUACCGUGCCGACGCCGAGCUGGAAGGGCAGAACUGCCAGGGGUCCAAGGUGGAGAUUGAAUUCUGCAGCCUGCAGCCCUGCCCAGGGUCUGGCGUAGAAUGGGGCCCCUGGUCGGCGUGCUCGGUGCCCUGCGGCGGCGGUUAUCGGAACCGGACAAGAGCUGGCAUCACCGUCUUGGGCCGGAUCGACUUCUCAACCUGCAACCUUCAGCCCUGCAAAGGUGAGGUUCCAGGCAUGUGUCCGGCAGGGAAAGAAUGGCGAGAGUGCACCGAAGGCCCAGCUUCCUGCGCGGAGCUCAGCACGGACGACGACACUGGACACACGGCGUGCCAGCCAGGGUGCUACUGCCCCAAUGGCACUGUCUUGCUGAACAACCAGUGUGUGCCGGCGGAGGCGUGCCCAUGUGCCGUAGAGGGGAGGAUCUAUGCUCCCGGUGAAUCGGUGGCCAAAGGUUGUGAGAACUGUUCCUGCAUCGGUGGGCAGGUGGCGAAUUGUAGCCGCGCAGCCUGCGGCGACGUGAACGGUCAGUGGUCCGAAUGGACCCCCUGGAGCAAAUGCUCGGCAUCCUGCGGGCUGGGACUACAAAACCGAUACCAUUUCUGCACGGAUCCUGCCCCUUCCGGGAUUGGAUUACCCUGCCUGGGUCCGGAACGCGAGGAUAAAGCCUGCCAGCUCCAGCCAUGUUCCCGGGCUGGGGAUUGGGGGUUUUGGAGUCCCUGGACGCCUUGCACCGUCAGCUGCGGAGGGGGCCUGCGGAGCCGGAGCCGAGCCUGCGACAGCCCCGCCCCCCGAGGAGGCGGAGACUAUUGCGAGGGACCGCCCACUCAGGUGGAGCCCUGCCACUUGAACCCUUGUCCAGACUUGGACUGUUCCAUUCUGGAAGACUCGGCUUACAGCCGCUGCGGCCCACCCUGUCCUCGCUCUUGUGACGACCUCGCGCACUGUGCGUGGGCUUGUGAACCGGGCUGCUACUGCACCGGGGGGAAAGUCUUGCACGGGAACGGCUCGGCCUGCGUGGAAAAACCGAGCUGCACCUGUUUAGACCUGCGCACUGGUCGACGGCACUCGCCGGGAGAAGUCGUGCCGCGGGCCGACGGUUGCAACAAUUGUACCUGCUCUGACGGGAAGCUGGUUUGCACCAACCAGGCCUGUUCAGUGCCGGGCGGCUGGUGUGACUGGGCGCCAUGGAGCCCCUGUUCCAGGACCUGUGGCAGUGAGAUGGUGACUCGCUACCGGACUUGCAGCUGCCCCAAGCCCCAGCAAGGGGGCCGCGAGUGCGAGGGGGCCCAGGAGUAUCAUGGAGACAGUGGGGUCCAGCUGCAGAGAAGAGCUUGUCUCAUGACCAGUUUCUGCCCAGUCAAUGGCGGCUGGUCCUCCUGGAGCGCCUGGUCUCCCUGCAACGCCUGCCACGGCGUGUCGACGAGGACCAGGGAAUGCAACAACCCCCCAGCUCGGUUCGGUGGUACAGCAUGUCCCGGAGAAGCUCACCAAAGCCGGCAGUGCCACGAUGGAGUUACCGCCUGCAAUGACUGCCAAGGCGGCCAGGUGUCUUUCCCCUGUGGCAAGCCGUGUCCGCGCACCUGUGAGGACCAGCAGCCCGACACCACCUGCGUGGAGAGUCUUGGCUGCCAAUACGCUUGCGCCUGCCCGGAUGGACAGCUGCUCCAGGACGGGGUGUGUGUGGCACCCUCUCGGUGCCGCUGCAAGUACCAGAUGCCCUGGCUGGGUGUCCCCGAAGAGCGGAACCUCUCCUCCUGGUUGGGACUCCCCAAAUGGGAGUACGCUCAGCCCGGGGAGACCAUCUACGCACCCUGCCAGAACUGCACCUGUGUAGAUGGGCACUUGCAGUGCCGGGCAGAUUCCUGGUGCCGCCUGGAUGGUGGGUGGUCCAGCUGGGGACGAUGGUCUCCCUGCAGCCAGACUUGUGGGGAAGGUGUCCAGUACCGUUUCCGGGAAUGCAGCAAUCCGCCCCCACAAAAUGGAGGCCGGGGAUGUGCUGGUGGCGGUGAGCAGCAGAGACUGUGCUGGAAUCCAGAAGAGUGUCCAGCCCUGGGAGGGCAGGUGGCCCCCAGAACCCCCCAAAACACACCGGCACAGCCUCCAGGGAAGAGUGUUCGGCGUCAACAGCUGCAUUCUCCAGGAAGAUUCCCCCAAGGUCGUACUCUUUUUCUUGCCCCCUCCAGAGGAGGAAGCCUGGGACCCCUGGACCCCCUGGUCCCCCUGCAGUGUCUCCUGUGGGGGGGAGAACAGAUGCGCAGCCGACGCUGUCGCCAGCCAGAUUGCCGGGGUUUGUCCACGCAAAGCAAGACCUGCCACACGCACGUCUGUCUCGAGGUGGGCUGCCCCGUGGGCCGCCUCUACCGGGAGUGCUUGGCCGAAGAAGGGUGUCCCUACAGCUGCGCGCACCUCACCCACCAGAUGGACUGCUUCUCGGACGGCUGCGAGGAAGGGUGCCACUGCCCGGCAGGCACCUAUCAGCACAAGGGGGCAUGCGUCCAGGAGUGCCCCUGUGUCCUGAGCGAGGAGGUUCUCCAGGGGUUUCGGAGACAUUCGGCCGAGACCCCCGAUGCGCCUCUGGUCAUCCUCACUGCUGAAGGCCGACCUGUUUCGGCAGAAGAAGAAGUCCAUCCCAACAGUAUCAUCUCCGCCGCCUGCAGCAACUGCUCCUGUCUCAAUGGCCAGCUGGAUUGCAUGUUUGCCCUCUGCCCCGUGGAUGGGGGUUUCACGGCAUGGACCCCCUGGUCUCCCUGCUCUUUGACCUGCGGCGGGCUGGGCAACAUGACCAGGACACGCGAUUGCGCCCGUCCGAAGCCUGCCAACGGGGGGAAGGAUUGUGUCGGCCCUCGGAUGGACAUUAAAUACUGCCAGACCCUGGAUUGCAAAGAAAUGACCCACACCACAAUAGGACCGGUCCCAGCGACCCCAGGGACUGAAGAUGGUGGCCUGACCCCUUGGUCCUCCUGGACGCCCUGUUCCAAGACCUGCAGCGAUCCCGACCUCCCUGCCAUCAAGACCCGACGGCGGUUUUGCCUGGGAGGAAGCGGCUGCCCAGGAGACACUGUGCAGGAACGAGAAUGCAACUUGCCGCAAUGCACAGAGACUCCCGUGUGCGAGGGCAGAGAUUGCCUCGGCCUGAACUGCACCUGGAACCCCUGGUCCCCCUGGAGCGAGUGUUCCCGCAGCUGUGGGGUCGGGCAGCAGCAGCGCCUGCGCACUUACCACCCUCCCGGCCAAGGUGGGCACUGGUGCCAAGACAUCCUGACGGCCAACUUGGAGAGGCGUUUCUGUAACCUGCCGGCCUGUAAAGUGGACGGGGCCUGGUCGAAGUGGAGCCCCUGGUCGUGGUGCGACCGGACCUGUGGGGGUGGGCGCUCCGCCCGCACGAGGACCUGCACCAGCCCGCCCCCCAAAAAUGGAGGGCGCCACUGCCCUGGCGAGAAGUACCACGUGCGCGUUUGCAACCCCCAGCCUUGCGAGGAGUCCUGCCCUCCCAUGAUGCACUGGGUGGGGUGUGCCAACCGGUGCCCCCGGCAUUGCUGGGACCUCCAGGAAGGCAUUGUGUGCCAGGAGAAGGAAGCCUGCGAGCCUGGCUGUCGCUGCCCCGAUGGUACCCUGGAGCAGGAUGGCACCUGCGUUCCCCUCACCCAUUGCGAGUGCACCGAUGCCCAAGGACACAGCUGGGCGCCGGGCAGCCAGUACGACGACGGCUGCAAUAACUGCACCUGUGCCCCUGGAGGGAGGCUUCUCUGCACCAACUACUCCUGUCCUCCCAUCGAGUGCAUCUGGAGUCUCUGGUCCAGUUGGUCCCAGUGUAGCGUCACCUGUGGGAAUGGCCUGCGCACCCGCUUCAGGACCCCCACCUCUGGCUCCUGGGCCCCCGACUGCCUGAAGGAGCAGGUCCAGACCCACCCCUGUGCCUUGGACCCCUGCCCACCUCUGUGCCUGCACGAGGGCCGGGAGACCAACCUGGGCAGCACCUGGCUCCUGGGGGAGUGCCAGCAGUGCAUUUGCACCCCGGAAGGCAUUUAUUGCCUAGACAUCACCUGCAUAGUGCACGGUGGAUGGACCCCUUGGUCCCCCUGGUCCGACUGUCCAGUGACUUGCGGCGGCAGUGUCCAGAUCCGAACUCGUGCCUGCAUCAACCCACCACCACGCAACCAAGGCUUGCCCUGUGUGGGCCCCGAAACCCAGAGCCAGAACUGCUCCACCCAACCCUGCCUAGAAGACGAGCUGUGUCCCUGGUCGGCGUGGAGCCCGUGCUCGCAGUCCUGUGGCACCGGACUGACCUCACGUACCAGGAGCUGUGUUUGCCCGACUGCUUCAGCGGGCACUGAGGGAGGUCCUUGCACCCAGCGCAGCCAUCCGCAGGAGACGGAGGCUUGUUACUUGCAGGCCUGCAGAGAUUGUCCCUGGAGUCCCUGGACCCCCUGGACUCACUGCUCCUGCAGCUUCCUGGUGCAGCAGCGCUACAGGAACCAGAAAGGCUGGGAAACUGACCGGGAACCGUGCCUGGGACUGGAUGGGCAAUUCCGGAUGUGCAAUUAUUCCCAGUGUUCAGAGUCCAGCUGUGCCCCCCCCUUUGAAUUCCGGGCGUGCGGCUCCCCCUGCGACAGCCACUGCUCCACCCUGAAGCACCCGGAGUUGUGCAAGGACAUUCCACGCUGCUUACCUGGUUGUUACUACUGCCCGCAGGUGAGCGCCGGAGAGAUUGACCUGUGGAACCGGCUGGGAGGGCUGGUCAGAGACGGCCAACAGAGGGGUCUGUUGGAGCAGAGGGGUUCGUGUGUGCCCCCCGCACAGUGCGCUUGCCUCCACCCCCACCAGGCAGGGGGCCCCGUCUUCAUGGCGGCCGGAGAAGCCGUUCUGAUUGGCUGCAAGAAAUGUGUGUGCCAGACGGGAGAACUGCAAUGCAGCAGCGAGGAUUGCCAAGGGCUGCUACCGCUGAGCAACUGGUCACCCUGGACAGCCUGCUCUGACUGCUUGCCACUGGUGGCCCUUGGGCCCCGGGCCCUCCCUGCUCUGUUGACCCAGACCGAGGCCUCCUGGCCUUCCCCGCCAGUCCAGGUCUCCAUUCAGCAUCGCUACCGGUUCUGCCUCGACCCGCAGACCGGCAAAAUUUGGAGGGGUUCACACAGUGUUUGCACCGCGGAGCUGGAUCAGCAACGACUUUGCGUUGACGAGACCAGCGCCUGCCAAGAUUUCUGCCUGUGGAGCGGGUGGGGGGCCUGGAGCCCCUGCCGGGCACCCUGCAGUGGGGGUUUCCGUCUGCGCCGACGGGUCGCCCUGCAUUCUGACGCGGAACUGCGCUGCAAGGGACUACGAUACCAGUCGGAGACUUGCAACAUGGCCCCUUGUCCAGGAGAGACGUGCGAGGACCGGGGCAAAGUGUACGAUGCGAAUUGUGCCAACAACUGCCCACGCAGCUGCCUGGAUUUCUGGGAGCAUGUCGAGUGUCUGCAGGGGCAGUGCAGGGAAGGAUGCCGGUGUCCCGAGGGGCAGCUUUUGCAAGAUGGGUCCUGCGUGCCAAUCCCAGCUUGCCGCUGCGGUCUCCCCACAGCGAACGGCAGCGUGGAAGUUCUCCCCGGCCAGUCGGCAGAACUGGAUUGCCACAACUGCACCUGCCAGAACGGCUCCUUCUCCUGCCCGGAGGAGAAGUGCCCGUCUUACGGUGAGUGGUCGGCGUGGAGCUCCUGCUCGGCCACGUGUGGAGGGGGCACCACUCUGAGGCAUCGGUCCUGCCACGAGAACCUCUACGGAGCGCCCUGUGUAGCUGAGUCCAUGGAAGGCGCCGCACACUGCAACUCCCAGCCCUGCCCAGCUGGCUGCAUGUUCAGCGACUGGACCGCCUGGAGCCCCUGCAGCACCAGCUGUGGAGGAGGGGUCUCUGAGAGGCACCGCCAGCUGCUCUCCCCUCUGGGGGAGCCCUGCCCUUCCCCGCUCCUGCAGCACCGCAUAUGCCACCUGCAGAAUUGCACGCUAGAAUGCCCUGGGACCCAAGUCUACCAGAAUUGUGCCAACACCUGUCCACACACCUGCUCCGAUCUGCGGCCAGAAACUCAAUGUCUGCAAGAAGACUGCCAGCCCGGCUGCAUUUGCCCACCUGGCCAAGUGCUGCAGGACGGGCUGUGCAUCCCCCCAGAAGAAUGCCGGUGUGUGAUCGGCCAGGCACCUGCCGCACCCUGGGCUGUCAACUUAUCUGAGGAAGAGCGCACGCAGGAGCAUGGGCCUGGCAGUACUUUCCGACAUGAAUGCAACACCUGUGUCUGCCGGAGGGGCGUCUUCACCUGCACCCAGGAGAACUGUGAUGUGCCCUGCGCCUGGUCCGAGUGGACUCCGUGGUCCCCCUGCCCCGUGACCUGUGGCUCCGGAAACCUGAUCUCCCGGCGCCACCCGAUCCAGCCGCGCAUGUACAAUGGGGCCGAAUGCGAGGGGCCGUCGGUACGCCAGGCGCCUUGCGCUCUCCCGGAUUGUGCCUGCCCGGAGGGCGAACACCACCGCCCCGCCGUUCUGUCAAGUGCCUGCGAGCGCAGCUGCCAUCAGAUCUACGAGGACCUUCCCCGGAACUGCAGCCGGGGGACGGUGUGGGACGGCUGCACCUGUCUGCCCGGGCACUACCGCAAUGGCAGUGGGCACUGCGUGGUGGCUGCCCAUUGCGAGUGUGAGGAGGGAGGCCAGAUGUACUCGGUGAGUAAAAGGCAAGUGGGAGAGCGGGAGAGGUUUAGAUACUCAGUCCAGGGGGAAAUCAAUAUAGCUGCAUUGUUGCUGUUGUUAUUAGCCAUCCCACCUGUGUGCCCGGUCUCCCCUGGGUUCUGCCAGGCUCAUAACCUUUUCUUUGCCCCGACAGCCGAACCUGACCGGCACUGCCGACACUUCACUGAACGUCGCAAUAUUACCAAGGGCCUCUGCUUCUUGGCCGGUGUGGAGGUGGGCUUUUGCAAGGGUCAGUGCGCCUCCCACACCAACGUCAUCCCGGAGGAACCCUACCUGGAGACUGUCUGCGACUGUUGCAGUUACCGACUGGAUCCUGUCAGUCCGGUGCGCAUCCUGAACCUGCAGUGCCCGGGCAGCGAAACGGAACCCGUGGUUCUCCCGGUUAUCCGUGGGUGUGAAUGCAGCAGCUGCCAAGGUGGCGACCUCUCCAAACGUUGACUGAUGCCUCUCCUCCAUGGAUCCAAAUCGGAGUGCAGCGGGGGCACUCCCACUGCAAAUUCUCCAGCCUUCUACAGUCUUUCUUUUCAGUCAAUAAACCAUUUUCAGCAGUU